ACGAGCGACGUGCAGCAGCUAGAUCACCUCUCCACACUUAGGACCUUCCAAUUCGACAUCGACAGCUCACCUGUAGCUUGCUGCGACCCGACCCGCUAGACGGACGCAGGACACUUCACUCCACGCAUGACCACCCCGACCUACUCCUAGAACACCCGCAAGAAGAGUGUCGGCGAUCAACGCGGCGACAAAGCACCCAGAGAUCUUUCCCAAGACAAUCCUCGCCGGCGCAAGAAAUCAGCCAAGAUGGUCAAGGAGACCAAGCUCUACGACCAGCUGAACAUCAGUCCCAAUGCUACGGCAGACGAUGUCAAGAAAGCCUACAGGAAAGCCGCUCUAAAAUGGCACCCUGACAAGAACAAGGACAACCCGGACGCCGCCGAAAAGUUUAAGGAGUGCUCCCAAGCCUACGAGAUCCUGUCCGAUCCGGACAAGCGCAAGAUCUAUGACCAGUUCGGGCUCGAAUACAUCCUGCGCGGUGGCGCCCCGCCGCCAGAGAGCACCGCCGCCGGCGGGAACCCCUUUGCCAGCGCCGCGGCUGGCGGCGGUGGCAUGCCCGACGGGUUUGCUUCCUUCUUUAACUCCGGGCCCGGAGCCGGCGGCGGCCCGCGAUACUCGGCCAGCUACAACUUUACCGACCCCGAAAACCUCUUCCGCAACACCUUCCGCGACAGCGGCCUGGGGAGCGACAUGUUUGAAGAGCUCUUCACGGGGGCGCGGUCAACCGCGUCCUCGGGCUCGGGUACCGGCGGGGGCGGACGGCGCAUGCGGAAUUCGUUCGGCGAGGGCAUGCGGCCUCCACGCGCGGCCACGCCCGAGGUGACGACGGUCGAGCGGCCGCUCCCGCUGUCGCUCGAGGACCUGUUCGCAGGCGUCACCAAGAAGAUGAAGAUCAAGCGAAAGAUGUUUGACGACGACGGCAAGCGCACCACCACAGACACCGUCCUGGAGGUGCCCAUCAAGCCCGGCCUCAAGAAGGGGAGCAAGAUCCGCUUCAAGGGCGUCGGGGACCAGGAAGAAGGAGGCCAGCAGGACCUAGUAUUCAUCGUCGAAGAGAAACCACACGCGCUCUUCACCCGCGACGGCGACGACAUCGUGCACACAGUCGACCUCGAGCUGAAGGAGGCCCUGACGGGCUGGAAACGCACCGUCACCACCAUCGACGGCAAGAGCCUGCACAUCGACAAGGCCGGCCCCACCCAGCCGGGCUCCUGCGACUCGUACCCGGGCCUCGGCAUGCCCGUCUCCAAGAAGCCGGGACAGCGCGGCAACUUCGUCGUGAAAUACCACGUCCGCUUUCCCAUGACGCUGAGCCCGACCCAGAAGCAGAAGUUGAGGGAUAUUUUGUAGUCCUUUUCUUUUCUUUCUUGAGGGGGAUAGCUGGGUUUCGGUUUGGAUUUUCUUUCUUGGUUUUUUUCUCUUUCUUUUUACGUUUGCGUGUUGUUGCACGUCAUAUUAUAUCACAUUAUAUCAUGAAGGGGCGUUUCGGUGUCGUGUGAGCAUGCUAUUCCGUUUGUUUCCGGUGGUGGUGAGUGAAGCUGGGGGCGGGGGUUGGU